GUUUUAGCUGGUAACAUUUAAACAUUUUCGCCAUUUAGCCUACUGUAGUAGUUCUAGGUCUAUGGUGAUCUGUCUUUCAGCGAUCAACUAUUCACUUCUAACUAGUAGCCUAUGAAUUCUGAGCGUUGAUAAUUUGGGAUAAAGUAAUAAAAAUAAGUUUGCUGCUAGUAACAACAAAAAUUUAAGGGACAGAUGUUAAUACUACUUGCCAUAGUUGACGGCAAAAGUAUCCACCUUUGUAACUGUGUCAUUCAUGUAUAGAGGUACGGUUUAGCUCGCGCCCGAGAGGGGAGGGGCUUACGUUAGACUGGCAGGAUACCGAAGCCACAGUGUGUUUAGGCGAGACGAGUAAAGCUCGUGGAAAAAGGGAUGAGAGGUGCGACUCUCGAUGUAGCGGACUAUCACUCAAACACCGGGAAGCUCGAAAACUUGUGUUAAGUUUUAAGGCGGCGGGAGAGUGUGUGGCUUUAACUAUUUCAACCUUUAACAGACGAAAACAACGUAUAGUUAACCAACUAAUCCGUUUUUAUUUUUUCCUUUACUAACAACAUGAAAAGAAGCCGACGAAUUGUGCGCUAUAGGCAAAUGUAAACAAAUUCAGGAAAAUGCAUUAUAGCCCCGGUAUGUUAUUGUCGAAUUGACUUGUGUAUUCGUGGGAUAUUCAACAGUUAGCUUUACAUUUUUUUUGCUUUUUUAUAUUCCUAACGCGUUAAAAUGGCAGAACACGAAAGUUUGGAGUUCGGAAAGGCGGACUUUGUUCUUCUGGACAAUGUGUCUUUGGAAGAGUUUAUGGCCAACCUUAAACUCAGGUUUGAAAAGGGUCGUAUCUACACCUACAUUGGAGAAGUGGUGGUGUCGGUUAACCCUUACCGUGCCAUGAACAUUUAUGGGCGGGACAUCAUCGAGCAGUACAAAGGCAGAGAGUUGUACGAGCGACCGCCACAUCUUUUCGCCAUUGCAGAUGCUGCGUACAAAGCCAUGAAGAGGAGGAACAAAGACACUUGCAUUGUUAUCUCAGGGGAGAGCGGAGCUGGAAAAACAGAGGCUAGUAAAUACAUUAUGCAAUAUAUUGCUGCUAUCACCAAUCCCAGCCAAAGAGCAGAGGUGGAGAGGGUGAAAAACAUGCUGCUGAAGUCCAACUGUGUCCUGGAGGCUUUUGGGAAUGCCAAGACCAACCGUAAUGAUAACUCCAGCCGGUUCGGCAAGUACAUGGAUAUCAACUUUGAUUUUAAGGGAGACCCCAUUGGUGGCCAUAUCAACAACUACCUGCUUGAGAAGUCCCGAGUCAUUUUUCAGCAGGAAGGAGAGAGGAGUUUCCACUCUUUCUACCAGCUGGUGAAAGGAGCUCCAGAUGCUCAGCUGCGGUCGUUGCACAUUCAAAGAGAUCCCACAGCAUACACCUACAUUAAAGUCGGAGGCCAGAUAAAGUCGUCUAUAAAUGACACUGCUGAAUAUAAAGCUGUCGCUGAUGCCAUGAAGGUCAUUGGCUUCACUGUAGAGGAGAUUCAGACAGUCUACAAAAUUCUGGCUACCAUCUUGCAUCUGGGAAAUCUGAAGUUUGGAAGUGAUGGAGAUGUGACUCUCAUUGAGAACUCUAAGCUAGUGUCAGUGCUGGGGGAUUUGCUGUCCACCAAAGAGGAGAAUGUAGAGAAGGCUCUGCUCUAUCGCACUGUGGCCACCGGGCGUGAUGUGAUUGACAAACAGCAUACUCAUCAAGAGGCCAGUUAUGGUCGUGAUGCCUUGGCCAAGGCCAUUUAUGAGCGGCUUUUCUGUUGGAUUGUGGGAAGAAUCAAUGACAUCAUUGAGGUGAAAAACUAUGACGCCAAGGUUCAUGGGAAGAACACAGUCAUUGGAGUCCUGGACAUCUAUGGCUUUGAGAUCUUUCAGAAUAACAGCUUCGAGCAGUUCUGUAUAAACUACUGUAAUGAAAAACUACAGCAACUCUUCAUUCAACUGGUGUUGAAACAAGAGCAGGAAGAGUAUCAGCGAGAGGGCAUCCCCUGGAAACAUAUUGACUACUUUAACAAUCAGAUCAUCGUGGAUUUGGUGGAGCAGCAGCAUAAAGGCAUUUUUGCGGUCCUGGAUGAGGCGUGCAUGAAUGUGGGGAAGGUGACGGAUGAGAUGUUCCUGCAGGCUCUCAAUGGAAAACUGGCGAAACAUGCCCACUACACCAGCCGCAAGCUUUCCCCCACAGACAAAAACCUGGAGUUUGACCGAGACUUCCGCAUUCGUCAUUAUGCUGGAGAUGUGGCUUACUCCGUUGUGGGCUUCAUUGACAAGAACAAGGACACCUUGUUUCAGGACUUUAAGAGGUUACUUUACAACAGCUCAAAUCCCGUGCUGAAGGCCAUGUGGCCAGAGGGCAAGCUGAGCAUCACAGAGGUCACCAAACGACCCCUGACUGCUGCCACACUCUUUAAAAACUCCAUGAUCUCUUUGGUGGAGAACCUGGCCAGCAAGGAGCCCUACUAUGUGCGUUGCAUAAAGCCAAAUGAUGUGAAGUCACCUCUGCUGUUUGAGCAUGAACGCUGCAAGCAUCAAGUGGAGUAUCUGGGCCUCCUGGAGAAUGUCCGGGUACGACGAGCUGGUUUUGCUAACCGACAGACCUACCCACGGUUCCUUCAGAGGUAUAAGAUGAUCUCAGAGUUCACCUGGCCCAAUCAUGACCUGCCAUCUGAUAAGGAGGCGGUGAAACGUCUACUGCAGGGCUGUGGGUUUGAACACGAUGUGGCCUACGGCAAGACCAAAGUUUUCAUCCGUACUCCCCGAACCAUCUUCAGUCUGGAGGAGCAGAGAGCAGAGAUGGUGAAGAGGAUCGUCCUCUUUCUGCAGAAGGUAUGGCGUGGGACACUGGCCAGAAUGCGAUACCGCCGCAUGCGUGCCGCUCUUAUCAUCAUUCGAGCAUACAGACGAUACAAGGUUAAGUCAUACAUCCGAGAGGUUAACCGGCGCUUCAAAAACGUCCGUGGCAUGAAGGAUCAUGGCAAACAUGUGAAGUGGCCCACACCGCCCAAGGUCUUGCGGAAGUUUGAGGAGGCGCUGAGGAACAUCUACAACAGAUGGUGGGCCUGGACUCUCAUUAAAAACCUGUCUCCAGAGGAGAUGGUGCAGGUCAGGGCUAAAGUGGCCACAUUAGAGUGCCUGAAGGGGCAGAGAGCAGAUCUAGGACUACAGAGAGCCUGGGAGGGCAACUACCUGAAAAGGGACAGUCCUGGGACAGCGUCUUCCUUUACUCUGGUGUCCAGUGAUCUGCAGAGGAAAGAUAAGUUCAUGAGAAUCCUCUUCUCCUGCAAUGUCCGCAAAAUCAAUCGUUUCAAUAAAGCAGAAGACAGAGCGUUGCUCAUCACUGAUCGCCACCUCUACAAAAUGGACCCUGUCAAGCAGUACAAGCCCAUGAAGAGCAUCCCACUCUAUAAUGUGACUGGAGUGAGUGUUUCCCCUGGGAAGGACCAGCUGGUCGUCUUCCACACCAAAGACAACCGGGACCUAAUCGUGUGCCUGCAAGGCAUGGUGCCAGCAGGGGACAGCCGCAUCGGAGAGCUGGUGGGGACCCUGCUCAGCCACUUCAAAAGUGAGAAGAGGAAGCUACAGGUGAACAUUGUCAGCCCCAUUCACUGCAGUAUGAAUGGGAGGAAGUGCACUAUCAUCGUGGAAACCAAGAUCAACCAAUCACAGCCAGACUUCACCAAGAGCCGAUCGGGAUACAUUCUCUCAGUGCCAGGCAACUAGAGGACCGGGGAUCCCAAAAAGGCCCCUUUAACCGGACAUUGACAGCAGGGUAUCUAUUUUGUGCUAGUCAAAACUUUUGAGUUGAACCUCAGAAAUGAAGCCAUACCAAAUUUGCCUGAAGACAGGCAAGGAAGAAUAUUUAAUUUAAAACAAGUUUGUCCCUAAAUUCCAAACUUCAGUUUAGAUUAUUUACAAGAUGACAAGGAGGUAGUGAGAUAGACCCUCAAAGAAGAUUUACCAGACCCGGCUCUGUUUAUUUAUUAAACAUUACAACCAAAAUGAUGGGUAAUCAUAAAUGUAAUAUUUAUGAGGAACAGGAUAUGAAGGGUUUUAAAAGCAUCUAACUUGUGUUUUGAGGGUUUUCCUUAAAAGGGAAUAUGUUGGUUUUUGAUCAUUGCUUCAUGCGGGAUGAAGAAUAGCUCUGCUUGUGUCCCGACGUAUUACACAGAUCAUAAGCAGUCCUGCGGUUUCUGCUGAAUUUGAUCGGAUUUUCUUGAGCGGGAUGUGUUGAUCAUAUCCUUAAACUCAUUAACUGCUCUGAGAGGAGCGUUAAACUCUCUCGUAAUUUAAACCAUUCUCUUUUUCUGCAUAUAGCUGGUCAUUUAUAGCACAUUGUAUAUUUGAUAUAGCUUAUAUAAUGUACUGUAUAUGCACUAUAUAUAUAAUGUAGGUAGGAGGAGAACUGUCAUUUAUUCACAUAUCUUGGAGUAGAAUCAGAUGGGGCAGCACAGAGCAGGAAGUGAUGGCGACUGUUAUUUUCAAUUGCCAUUUUUUAAAUAAUAGACCCUGCCGCCAAUAGUGGUCCCUUUAGUUUGGCUUAUAGCAAAAAAAAGUUAUUUCAACCAUUUCUGUACUGAUAAAGCCAUUCAAAAUUUUUCUUAAAAUGUUUACAAAGCCAUUUUACAUGAGCCAAAAAUGCAUUUGUCACCAAAAACACAAGAUAAUGAAAAUCCUCCAAACUCUUAAGUCAACCAGUUGUUCAAUUAAGGUCCAUUUUUACUUUUUUCAGCUAGUUAUAUCUAGUCAUAUUUCAAUAUAUUGUCAACAUCGAUUGAAAAACACAGCAAACAGCUGUGUUGAUAUUACGAACUUGCACAUUUGUGUAUAAAUGUUCAAAUAAGAGAGAAAGAGAGCAGUAUUGAUUCAUAGAACAAAAUCAACAGAGUUCUGAGUAGAAACUCCCAAGAUGUCUGACCCAGUUUGAAGCUUUCGCAACUGAUAAAGAAAGUGCCAAACUGAAAACUGACUUCUGUUCUUUAUUUCUAAGCAGGUGUUUGCAUAAAUCUGUUUUUCCAUAAUUGUUUCAUUGUUUUGUUCAUGGCUAGUAGCUAGAGAUCUUUUUAUCAGUUAAUUAGGAUCAUGUCUCAUGGCCAAAAAUAUCACUAAGCUCACAUCAGUAGUGUCAGUGAUGUUCCACUGCGUGUGAUUAAAAUGGGGGAAGUGGAUUCGCUAGUGAGCUAUGAGCCACUAGUACUGAUCCGUCCCAGUCAGACUAUCACUUUGAGCAAGUGGUCGGCCGGGCUACAUGUGAAUGCUGAUCACAUAAUCUCCAUUUUGCUUUACUGCUUAUGUCUGUUUUAAAACAGUUGCUCUCUUUAAAAUGCAUAGGAAGGAAUAUUUAUGUCUUGUCCAUCUCUCUCUCUCUACACUCUCUCAUCCUCUUCCUCAGUCCCUGUUCUCUCUCUUGACUAUUAGCCUGGAUUGGUAAAGUGUGUCAGUAAAAGCAUGAAAACACACAGUACUCUAGGAAGAUAAAGUCGGACACCCCUGUUUCUUAGCUCAAAGAGAUGAACACAAUAAAUGGACUAACAACAUUUUCUAAAAGUUGUAAAGGUCUAUUUUUCUUGAAUCAAACACUAAACCUGAUAUAAACACACUGACUGUGUAAAUGAUCUUUUAAUUUGAGUUACGUGAUUCUUCAUUUGCAUACAGUCCAGCCCAUUUUGUGGAUAGAGCAGUCUGCUUUGUUCUGACAUGCAAUAUAUUACCGUUUUAUAAUAUAUAAUCAUUUUUUUCCUUCUUGUCGUGAUCCCCAGUGAUUUCAUUUAAGUGCCGAAUAAUUUCAGUUCCCAGAUCUUUUGUGUUCUUUGUUGUAAUUAUUACCUGUUCAUUUUGGUUAAUGUUGGAGAUUUAGCCUGAUCUGAUCAAAUGAUGUGCCUACUUUUAUACUUCUCUUAUUUAAUUAAUAUAUUUUAAAAUGUUUUAAAAUUUUGAAAGAUGUUACACAUGCUUGGACCAAAUCGAGAAGGGAAUCCAGUUUAUAGUGUGUUUGUUUAAAAAAGAGCUUUUUCAUUUGUAUAUUAAUGCAAUAUUUAACCAUUAGUAAUUUACAGACAUGAAUAUUAGUAUAUGGAAACCAAACAAUUACACUUUAAAAAUGUAUAUUGCGUAGAAAUCUUAGUACUGAUUUAUCAUACGUGACAUUAUGUUUUGUUAAUCAAAUAAACGCUGUACCAAAUAUCUGCUCAUGAAAAUAAACAUGCCCUUGAAGUGUCUGCUCCGAGGCUUUUGCUCCAUCA